AGCCUCCUGUCUCCGCGAGUCUAGUUAUCCGGAAGACCGAUGAGCCGCUCUAGGCCUUUAAGUGAGGAAGAAAGCACGCGCGCCAGUGGUGAUUAUGGCGAGCGAGCUGGUGGCAGUGGCGAGCGUGGAGGACGAAACCGCCGGGUCCCCCCUGCGGGAUGUGAAGCGGAAGAUCUCUCUGCAGGGCUGUGAAAUCUGUGACAGAGAGGAAGCUAAAUAUCGGUGCCCUCGUUGUAUGAAAUAUUCAUGCAGUUUGGCCUGUGUGAAAAAGCAUAAAACUACGUUUAGUUGUAAUGGAAUCAGAGAAAAGACAGCAUUUGUUCCUGUGAAUGAGUUCAAUGACUUGCAUCUUCUCAGCGAUUAUCGGUUUCUCGAAGAUGUGGGAAGACUGGCAGAUUGUGCUGCUCGAGAUGAUACUUCACAUAGACCAAAAACCAAUAAAUUUGUCCAUUUUUUGAGAAACCGAGCUCGAAAGCACAGCAUCCAGCUACAAACUUUACCAAUUGGAUUCACAAAGAGGCGAGAGAAUUCUACAUUCUUUAGCAAUAAGGAGCAAAAGUUCUACUGGCAUUUGAAGCUCGUAUUUCCUCACAGUCAUGCUAAAUUCACAGAGAAAAGGAGACAAAGAACUUCUGUCUGUCCUGAUAAACCACUGUGUGACAUUCUUAAGCCCUAUGUUGAUCCUCAAGAGUCUGAUCCUGUCAUUCGACAAAGAUUAAAAAUCUACACAAUGUCACCUCAGUCAGACAUACAAAUUCUAAUGAAGGUAGAAAACAGACCACAUAAUUCCACCAGGUAUGAAGAACUGGAUGUUAACAAAGGACUUUUAGACAAUUUGAAAGGGAAAACUGUCGUGGAAUAUCCGACUGUGCUUGUUGUUUUGCAAAAACUCAAGACAGAUAUGGUAAUUCUUGGACGUGACAAGAAUAAAGAAACCAAUGCAUGCAGUGAAGAUUUAAUUAAGGAAAGCUCAUCUGAAGAAGAAGGGGAAAUCCAUGAUAGCUCCUGAAGAAACUGAAUUUGAUGUGGAGGUUGAAGCUGCUUAUUUUAUACCUGAUGUCCACAAUAAAAACAUUCGGCAGAUAUAUUAGUUUUGAACAUCUACUUUUAUAAAUAACAUCUCAGUUCUGUAACUGUUAAAAAGGAUUGUAUUCUGUUAAUGUAAUCAUAUUCAAUAAAGAUUAUGGUGCUUAAUUUCAGCAUCCUUUGGAGAAAAUUACUGACAAAAACAUUACCAUUUUGUAGGAUUGCCAGGCUGUGUAUGCUUGCUACUUUUUCUGUCUCAUCUGAUGAAGUGGACUUGUCCACAGACGUUCACAUUUAAAAAUAUAAAAGUUAAUCUUGAAAGUGC